AUGCUCUAUCUGAUUUUUCAAGUGAUACUUAUAUACGGCGUAUCUUUCGCGUUCUGGCGAAUAGUCCGCCAGUACGUCGUCAAGACAUCUCUGGAUAACAUCCCGGCUCCUCCCUCUCCAUCGUUUUUCAAAGGAAAUUAUCGACAGCUUUUUACGACUCACGGUUGGGAGUUCCACAAGGAGAUUGCAGCGAAGUACGGAGGGGUUGUAAAGGUCAAGGCUCUGUUUGGCGAAAGCCAGUUAUAUGUAUACGAUCCAAAGGCUUUGCAUCACAUCGUUGUCAAGGAUCAAUAUGUCUACGAAGAACCAUCGGCAUUUAUUCAAGGCAACCUUCUGAUCUUCGGUAAAGCUUUGAUGUCGACUCUCGGGGAUUAUCAUCGCCGGCAAAGAAAGAUGUUCAACCCAGUAUUCUCUGUCACGAACAUCCGUGUAAUGGUACCCACCUUCUAUCGUGUGAUUUAUCAGCUCCGAGACUCUAUUGCGAAGAAGGUCAGCAACGGCCCUCAAGAGAUUGACAUGAUCUCGUGGAUGGGUCGAACAAUGCUUGAACUAAUCGGUCAAAGUGGAUUUGGAUACUCCUUUGAUACUCUUGCAGAAAACGUCACCCCAAAUCCAUAUAGUUCGGCACUGAAACAUUUAGGGCCGGCUUUGCUAAAGACCUCGCUCGUCCAAGCAUACUUGUUCCAUAUGGCCAAGAUUGGUAGCCCACGAUUCCGCCGCUUCAUAAUCGACGUACUUCCGUGGAAGAACAUGCACGAUGUGCGCGACAUUGUAGAUGCUAUGCACAAGACAUCCUUGGAAAUAUUCGAAUCGAAGAAGAAGGCGUUGUUGGAUGGGGACGAUGUCGUGGCAAGGCAGAUCGGGCAGGGUAAGGACAUCAUGAGCAUGCUACUAAGAGCCAAUAUGGAUGCCUCAGAGGAGGAUAGGCUUGAAGAUGAUGAACUUAUUGCGCAAGUAUCAGCUUUGACAUUCGCUGCGGUGGACACGACGUCGAGCGCACUAUCUCGUAUACUCCACUUACUAUCGCAGCAUCCAGACAUCCAAGAGAAAUUGCGUCGCGAGGUCACCGAGGUCCGCGCCGAAAGAGGAGACCUCCCUUACGAUGAACUGACAUCGCACCUCCCGUAUCUCGAUGCCGUUGUCAGAGAAACUCUUCGUCUUUACCCUCCCGUACCAUUCCUCCCCAGAACGACGCGCCGAGAUAUUGUCUUGCCUCUCUCUAAACCCUUGGAAGGUGUCAACGGAAAACUCAUCCACGAAAUACUGGUCCCGAAUAACACAAAUGUCAUGAUAUCGAUUAUUGGAGCCAACCGAAACCCAGACAUUUGGGGCCCUGACUCGCUUGAAUGGAUCCCGGAGAGAUGGCUUUCCCCUCUUCCCUCAUCUGUCUCUGAUGCACAUGUCCCAGGAAUCUAUUCUCAUCUGAUGACGUUUAUGGGGGGAGGACGAGCUUGCGUCGGCUUCAAGUUUUCGCAAAUUGAGAUAAAGAUCGUGCUGUCACUCUUGAUCGAGUCUUUCCGCUUCGCUCCUUCCAAGAAGGAGAUAUUCUGGCAAACGACCACCGUCGUUACUCCGACUGUGUUAGGCGAAGGCGGUAAAAUUCAACUUCCACUUCAAGUUACCAGGGUCGAUUUCAAGAAGGACUGA